CAGCUGCUGGAUGGGCCCAGGGCAGCUCUGUGUCUCUGUCUGGCAUCAGCUAGGGGCAAGGAGCCUGUGCAGGCCGUGUAUCCCAUCAGGAGAGUCUGGGCUUGGCCCUGCCCUGCAGCGCUGCCCCAGCCCGCCGGCAGGAACAGAUGGCCAGGGCUGGCCAGAGCCUCCCAAUCCCCCGCUAAUCCCCCUGAGGAGCAGCUCAGCUCGGCUCCCCCUUCGCACUGGCCAUUCAACAGGGACCCGUCCAGGAAAGACGCAGCAGCCUCAGUCCAGCCCCUUGGGCCUCUUCUGGGCCAGGACAGCCCCUUCCCACUGGCGCUGGUGCCAACAUGAGACGUCCCUGAGCCUGUCUCCUGGCCAUCCCCGAGGAGCAGCUGGGGGCGGGCGCAGCCAGCCAUGGCCCUCACCCAAAUGCUGAGGCGCAGCCACCUCUGCAGCUGCCUCGUGAACUCACUCGUCUACCAGAUCUGCUGCUGUUGCGGCCCGGGCCCCUGCGGCUUCUGCUGCUCCUGCUGCCCCAGCAUUAAGGUGUCCACAGGAAGCCGCAUCGUCUACACCCUCUUCCACGUCCUGGCCUCCACGGUGUGCUGCCUCAUGCUCUCCCGCACCGUCUCCGAAGCCGUCAAGGAGAACGUGCCUUUCUACGCCCUGCUCUGCGAGCACCUGCCCCGGGGCAUGGACUGUGACAUCCUGGUGGGCUACUCGGCAGUCUACAGGGUCUGCUUCGGCACCGCCUGCUUCUACCUGACACAGGCCGUCUUCCUGAUCAACGUGAAAUCCAGCAGCAACUUCCGUGCCCUGCUGCACAACGGGUUCUGGUUCCUGAAGCUGCUGAUUCUGGUCGGGCUUUGUGCAGCAGCCUUCUUCAUCCCCGAUGACCGCUUCCUGCAAGCCUGGCACUACGUGGGCAUCUGUGGCGGUUUUGCCUUCAUCCUCGUCCAGCUGGUGCUGAUCACAGCCUUUGCCCAUACCUGGAACAAGAACUGGCUGCUGGGCGCGUCCCAGGACAAGCGCUGGUACCUGGCUGUGCUGCUGGCCACACUCGCUUUCUACACCAUCGCCUCCACUGCCGUCUCCUUCCUGUACAAGUACUACACCCACCCGGCUGGCUGCUUGCUCAACAAGGCCCUGCUCACCCUCAACGUCAGCCUGUGCGGGCUCCUGUCCUUCCUCUCCAUCACGCCCUGCGUGCGGCUCCAACAGCCCCGCUCCAGCCUCCUGCAAGCGUCUAUCAUCAGCUGCUACGUCAUGUACCUCACCUUCUCGGCCUUGUCCAGCCGCCCGCCCGAGAGAGUGCUGUACAAGGGGCAGAACCUCACCGUCUGCUUCCCUAGUGUCAGCAAGGACGGGCUGCAGACAGAAGACACCACAGUUGCCAUCCUGGGAGCCACCAUCAUGUACGCCUGUGUUCUCUUGGCGUGUAACGAGGCCUCCUACCUUGCCGAGAUGUUUGGGCCCCUGUGGAUGAUCAAAGUCUAUAGAUUUGAGUUCCAAAAACCCUCCUGUUGCUUCUGUUGUUCUGACAAGACAGGGGAAGAGCUGGAAGAGCGGGUAUGUCAGCAGGAGGAGGGGCCUGCAAGGGGGCAGAGGAUCAUCUACAAUGAGCACGAGCACGUUGUUUACAGCUACUCGACCUUCCACUUCAUCUUCUUCCUCGCCACGCUCUACGUCAUGAUGACCCUCACCAACUGGUUCAGCUACGAGAAUGCAGUGCUGGAAACGACCUUCACACAUGGCAGCUGGUCGACAUUCUGGGUGAAGGUGGCCUCGUGCUGGGCCUGCAUCCUGCUGUACUUCUGGCUCCUCCUGGGCCCGCUGUGCCGCUCCGACUUGCGCCAGCGCCGGAGGGGCAGCCCGCCCCUGCGCAUACUGCGACGCCGGCGCCCACUCCAGCGGAUCAGCGUCUCCACGUAGCCCCUGCUGCUGGGACUGGACAAGCUGCUGGCUGCUGGGCAAGCGCUGGGCCGGGCAGCUGGCUGCAGGGCUAUGGAGAUGGAGGGGCCGGGGGCAGGGCCCAAGCGGCCAAUUCAGGAUCAGGAGGGCAGGGCUGCCCUCCCUGCCUGCCAGACAUGACUCUGGACUGGAUCUAUGUACUGAAGAGCCCGCAAGCAUGGCACCCACCAGCCUCUGCCCUCUGCCUCUGCCUCGAGGACGACCCACCCCGGCUUCGCCCCAAUCGCUGCCAUUGGGGAGUAGGAAACUGCUGAGAAAUCCAAGCAGGAUCCCAGAUCAGGCCCAGGGCCGCUCCCAGACAAGAACUCCCCCAGCGCCAGCGGUCUGGGGACAUCGCCCCAGCAUGAAGUCCCCCAACCAUUGUCAAGGAAGCCUAGGCAGAGAGCUGGCCUUCAGGGACCUUGCACAGGACUGGCUUGUCUCUAGCAGCAUCUGCUAGUCAGACCUGCCCCUCUCUGGUCCAGCCGGGGGCUCCUCUGGCAGAAUGUCUUUCAUGUGCGGCGUGUGAGGCCCAGAGCACGGGGCAGUGGCUGGGCUGGGCAAUUGCCACACCCCUCACGCCUCAGCUGCAGCCCCUGCUCUGUUGGCCUUGAAAGAGCAUCUGUAAGGCUCUGCCCCAGCCCGCCUGCAGGUGCUGUGGCCUGGCUGCCCCCCUUCUGUGACUGUCCUGCUUCCUGGAGCCACACCAGCCUGCCCUCCAGCCAUGCAGUGCAAGGCGAGCAGGACUGUAAAUAGCUCCUGGGGCCUGUUUCUACAUAAAGCCCUGAGCUGAGCCUGUGUGGCACUGUGUGUGCGCGCCUGCAGGCCCUGGCUCAGGGGCCAGCCCCCCUCUGGCCCCCCAGUGCCCACCCCGCUGCCGUUUGCCUGUGGAACACUGGAGCUCAGGCUACAGCUACUGGGAAGGCUGGGCAGGCAGGGUCAGCACCUCUGCAGAGGGGCUUGGGGGUUGAGAAAUGGGCUGGCUUGGUUGACCACAGGGAGUGGGAGCUGGGGGCUGGCAGGGCCCUGUAGUGGGGCUGUGCUGGUGAAGCUCUGUCUUGGGGGAGCAGGUGUCCUUGGCACACUCCUGGUUCAGGCCUCACCCGAGCUGGCCCUCGGUGGGCCUGUGGGGUGCACAGCACUGUGGGGCUCCAGCAGGAUCCUGCCCAGGGUGAAUUGGGAGCUGAUCUGCCUCCCUCCUCUAGAGCAGGGAUGGGGGCUCACAUGUGCUCCUGCCCCACUGCGGGAAGCUGCUCUUGUAGGAUGCUAUCACUUGGCUGUCACAACAGCUCCCUGAGACCCUGCCCCAGAACAAUGCAGGGAAGACACCACAUGUGGGUCACAGGCUGCCCCUGGCAGCAGCCCAUCGCCAGGCCCCAGCCCUGGGAAGUGCCCCAGGCCUCACCAAAGCCCUCGCAGAACUGCUUGAUUUUGUUCUGCCUCCCACAUGUUCUGUAGCGGGCAGGAGACGCAGAGGUGGUGCCCACAUACCUUGCUCCACCCCAACGGGGAGCCCUCACUUAAUGCCGCUCGACCCUUCCUGGAUCCUGGGCACUGCGUCAGCUCCCCUCCCAUAGCAGCCAGUCGGGAAUUGAGGCCGGGGCACGGCCUUGUGUCUCAUGCUCAGAGCUGGCAACGGGCUGGUGAACCGUUCCUGGCUCGUGGUGCAGGGGUGUUUGCUGGGGGCAGGGGAACAGCCCCAUGUUCCUGCUGUCCAGCUCCAUGGGCGCGGUGGGCGGCGCUGGGCAGGCAGCCUUGUUGGGAGCAGGGGGCGGCCUGGUCCCAGCUGGUGGCUCUGCAGGGCUCUGCACAGCCAGAACUCGUAGUCAGUCUCCAGGUUCUGGGGCAAGAAGAGAACUGCCGAGGGAGAGCAAGUGCAGGGGGCUUCCCAGACCCUCUCUGACCCCCAGGCAAAGGUGCCAGUGUGUGUGGGGGGCUAUUCAUGCUCCAGCACAGCCUGCUGUAGAAAGUCCCUUAAGCGUGCCUGAUACAGGGC